CAAGAAGGAGGCAGAGUCUGCCGAGAACACUGUACAUAGGGAAAAGAGCCCGCCAUUGGAGAGGAGGAGGUUGAGCUGAUUGGGUCGACUGGUAAUUCAAAGGACGGAGCCGUUUGUCGACUUCUUGAUUAUAGUUUAUAUGUUGUUACAGGGCUCAUUCUUUCUCCCCAAAUAUCAAGGUCGUUCUCGAUGAACAAGAAUAGAGGACGCUUCUGAAGGGGAGACUUUAGUUCAAACAGAAGAUAAGACAAAUUCUAAAUGCCUGCUCGAGGACCUCCAUUGCCUCGUCUCCUCCUCGACAACGUCUCUUGCAUGAGAAAUGCACAGCAAAUCUUGCGGCACGUGAACAUCUCAGUCCACGACGGUGGCGCUCUCUUGCUGACUGGGACAAAUGGCUCUGGCAAGACCACCUUCCUCAGAAUGAUGGCAGGGUUCUCCCGCCCCUCAGCUGGUCAGAUCCUCUGGAAUGGCCACGAUAUCACGGACUCAGGAGUAUUCCACCAGUACAAGCUGCAGCUCAACUGGCUCUCUCUAAAGGAUGCGGUCAAGGAAAAAUUCACGGUCCUCGACAAUGUUCAGUGGUUUGAGCUUCUGGAGGGCAAGCAAGGGAAGUCACUCCCCGCCCUGCAGCUCAUGGGGCUCGGGAGGCUGGCAAAGGAGAAGGCAAGGAUGCUUUCCAUGGGCCAGAGGAAGAGGGUGCAGCUUGCUAGGCUUCUCGCGAUCGAUCGGCCUAUCUGGCUGCUCGACGAGCCCUCAGUCGCGUUGGAUGAUGACGGGGUGAAGUUGCUCGAGUACAUCAUUGCAGAGCACCGGAAGAGGGGCGGGAUCGUAAUCGUCGCAACCCAUCUGCCAAUCAAAAUCGAGGACGCCAUGGUGUUGAGACUGCCCCCGAGGUUCCCUCGGAGGAUGACUCAUGUGGAUAUGCUUGAUCGUGCAGACAUUUCAUGAGUGGUCCUAUGAUUCAUUGAAUACACAAGUUGAUAUGUCCGUCGAUAUUUUGAGCGGUCAUAGAUCGAUGGAUGAGAUAUUUUUGCAAUAAUGUUUUGUAGUAGAAGUGUUGAAUGUUCUUUUAGGUA